UCUGGACUCUCUGUACACCUCCAGGAAAAGAACCCAGAAAACCAGUCAGUCCUGACAAUUCUAAAAAUCAUGCCCCAUUGCUUGGUGACUUUCAGGGAUGUGGCCAUUGACUUCUCGCAGGAGGAGUGGGAAUGCCUGAACUCCACUCAGAGGGACUUGUACAGGGAUGUGAUGUCGGAGAACUACAUCUACCUGACCUCACUGGCUGGAUGUGUGAUCCUUAAACCAGAUGUGUUUUCUUUAUUGGAGCAAGGAAAGGACUCCUGGAUGGUGAAGAGAGCCGUGACAAGAAGAUGGAGCUCAGCACCAUCCUCUAUUACCUCUACAGCCUGUGUGCAUUGUCUUCAGAGACUGUGGCUGCUGUUCCCGUCACGUUACCGAGUGUCCUUCCACCUGCAAGAGUUAUAUGACAGGGAUAGAGAAUCAGAUAAAUGAGAGAAUAAGAAAAAGCAUGGACCCAAUUAAGGUUUUCAGGGAUAGUCUUUCUGAGCAGCUGCCUUUUCAAUUAGGACGUUUCAGACAAAAAGGAACUGGCCAUGCAGAGAGCAUUCCUGGCAGAUGGAACAAAAGGUGAGAGUCUGAAGUGGGAAAGGAUUUGCUAUGUUCCA